GCGCACUUUGAUCAGCACUUUGCUGCAUUGCUGCAACUUUGGCGGCAUCCUCGAGGACGAAUAAACGUUUGCUGUUGCAUGAUACCGGUACACAUAUUAGGUAUACAGCGGCGUUUGAGCUCUUAAAACUAGCAAAGUUUUCAACGAGCAGCUAAUGUGAUUGAUUGGCUGGGGCGAUCAGGAACAUUGCUGAGUUUUUCAGACAGAGAGACUGAAAAGCAGAAAUGGCUUCCGUAGGGGGGAAGCAUGACCUUCCGCUGGAUUCAGAAGGCAUCUGCAUGUGUUGUUCAUUGAAGCCACCACGUUCAGAAUUAGUGACUUGCAGAAGCUGUGCCAGUCCAUGGCAUAUGCGAUGCUUGAAAUCUCCUUUGUCGGAGGCACCACUUGGCGGCUGGGAUUGUCCUGAUUGCGACUUCAGUCCGAGCAUUGAGACCGGGCCCGUGACAAUAGCGGCCCCAAGCUCGCUGGCAGCCAAUAGCAUCGUUUCCCAAGUCCGUGCCAUCAACGAAGACACCACGCUGACCGAGCAGGAAAAGGCAAGGAAGCGUCAAGAGCUGCUUAGUAACAAAGUGAUCAACACCUCAGAGGACACGCCACAAGAGACGGCAGGCAGGAAAGGCGCCAAGAGGAAGUCUGUCGAGGGAGCAGAGGCAGGAGCGAGCAGCAGAAAGAAGGAGAAGAGCUCUGCCCUGGACCUGCUGGACCAGUCCCUGUGCUGCCCUAUCUGCCAGGAGCUUUGCGAUCGACCUGUCUCGACUCCCUGCGGCCACAACUUCUGCCUCAAGUGCUUCCAGAAGCAGGUUGGCAUGGGCAAGAAGAAUUGCGCCAAGUGCCGGGCGGCCAUUCCGGCCAGUGCCUGCAACAAUCCCCGCAUCAACUCCGCCCUCGUCAUGGCCAUUCGUCAUGCAAAGGCUGCAGCAGCUGGGGAGAACAGACCCGCCGCAAAGCCACAGCACUUUAUGGCUAACGACGACCGGCCAGAUCAGGCCUUCACCACCGAGCGCGCACAGAAGACCGGACUCGCCAACGCCUGCAGCGGCCGCAUCUUUGUCACCAUCCCUCCGGACCACUUUGGUCCAAUCACAGCAGAGUAUGAUCCAGUCAACAACACGGGGGUCCUCGUUGGGGCAGAAUGGACGGACCGCAUGGCUUGCCGGCAGUGGGGCGCGCACUUUCCCCACGUGGCGGGGAUAGCAGGCCAGUCGGAUCACGGGGCGCAGAGUGUGGCGCUGUCCGGGGGCUAUGAGGACGAUGAGGACCACGGGGAGUACUUCAUCUACACUGGCAGUGGGGGCCGGGAUCUGAGCGGCAACAAGCGGACAAACAAGGAGCAAUCCAAGGAGCAGGUGUUUGAGAAGAUGAACAAGGCCCUGAAAGUCAGCUGCAGGGAGGGCUACCCCCUACGCGUUGUCCGGUCACACAAGGAGAAGAAGUCGAGCUAUGCCCCCAAGGAGAACGUCCGCUAUGACGGAAUCUACCGCAUCGAGAAGUGCUGGCGCAAGCCCGGGAAGCAGAACGCCGUCAUGUGCCGCUUCCUCUUUGUACGCUGCGACAACGAGCCGGCCCCCUGGGACUCUGGUGAAAUCGGCGACCGGCCCCGCAAGCUCCCAAUGGUUGACGAGUUGAAGGGAGCAAAGGAUAUUUUUGAGCGCAGCAAGGCCCCGGCGUGGGACUGGAAAGAGGACGAGGGCGUAUGGGGCUGGACCCGCCCGCCUCCCGCCAGCCGUGCGGGCGGCCGCAGCCAGACCGAGGGGGCCAAGAAGAAGCGGACACUCAACCUGCAACAGAAGCUGUUGCGAGAGUUUGGCUGCCAGCGCUGCCGCUUCGUUCUCACCGCCCCGCUGACCACCCCGUGCGGCCACAACUUCUGCAAGUCGUGCCUGGAGGCCGCCACCGGAGGCGAGGAGCUUCGAGACCGGGGGGCGGGCGCGCGGUCGCUGCGCGUCAAGAAGGUGGUCAAGCUUUGCCCCGCGUGCAAGGCGGACAUCACCGACUUCAUGGGCAAUCCGCAGGUGAACCGCGAGAUGGUCGAAAUCAUUGCUGGCAUCCAGGCGGCCGCCGAGAAGGCCGCCCGGGAGCAAGCGGAACCGGAAGCCGAGGGCGGAGAGGCUGCUGUUGAGGCCGGAAUUCCGGAGGAAGACGGAGAGGAAGCGGACGAUGACGUCAGCAACUCGGAGGCUGACGUAGACGAGCAGAGUGAGGAAGACCUGGAGCGGAGACGCAAGGGCAAGGGGCGCGCCGAUGGGCUGCCCGCUGGGAGUGAGAACGGGACCGGUGUGAAUGGGCACCGGGAAAAGGGCCAGAACGGAACGGCUUUCAACGGAACGGAGGCAAACGGGACCGGCAGGAGCGGAAUUGGUGUGAACGGGCUCCCCAAGAACGGUGUGAACGGGGCAGGGCCGACUGAGAAGCAGAGAGAGACAGGGGAGGGUGCAACUAGGGAGGGCGAGGGAAAAGACUCUGCGCUGGCGGCUCUGGAGCAGACGGAGAGAGAGGCGGAGUUCCAAAACCUGGUGGCCAAGUACCCGACGUUCGGGGAGGAGGUGCUGCGGGACAUGCUGGCCGAGCAGAUCGAACUGGGCGGUGGGCUGGCCGACCUUGCCAUGCUCCUCAAAAACCUCAAGAACGACGCGGCCCGGGCCCAAAGGAGGCAGUCGGGGGAGGGCCCCGGGGGCUCUGGCAGGGGCGGCGCAGGCCGGGGAAGAGGUCGGGGCAGGAAGAGAAAGAGCGUCGCGAGGAAGACUGCGGAGGAGGACAUGGUCGUGCCCGACUCGGAAGAGGAAGAAGACGGGACGGCAGCAGCCGCAAAUGGAAGCGGGAACGGCCACGGCGGUUACGGAGGCAUUGACGUCCUUGAAGCCAAGAUUACGAAGAGAGCGCGGUCGGUUAGGAACAGCACAAACUGACAGCGUAAUUGAAACGGUUGCACCGGCUGUUGUGUGCUUCUCUGUCAUGUAAGAAGUACAGGAGUAGGUGAAGCGAGUUGCUUUGAUAGCAAGUCAGUGAGUAAAGAUCGGUAACUACUAGCGCUCAGUAGUGUAAGUUGAAGCAAAGAUUAUCAAUACCAAGAAAGCACCCUUACCUUCAGGUGACGAGGUUUUCGAACCAUGGGGUCAAUGUUCGGCACAUAGGUCGGCCCGAAUACUGACGAGGUUUACCACUUACUUGAAAAUGUC